GAUAUGGUAUCAUUUCCACCCAAUAAAUUUUAUGACUUUGAUGAUUUUUUGAUAAUGGACAUGUUUUUAUGAUUGUUCCUAUAAAUUAAUCCACAGGAUUCUGAUGAAGCAACUCAUAGAUUUGAGCAAUCAUUAACAAGUAUUAGAGAUGAUAUGCUAGUUUUGCAUAACACCGUGAAUGUCAUUGCAAAAAAUAUGGAAACAUUUAAGAAAGAUAUUGUUUUGGAGUUGAAGAAUGUCAUUGCAAACAAUAUGGAAACAUUUAAGAAUGAGAUUGUUUUGGAGUUAAAGAAUGUGUUUGCAAACAAUACGGAAACAUUUAAGAAUGAUAUUUGUUUGGAGUUAAAGAAUGUAGCAAAAAGGGAACGUACUGGACAUACCAUUGAUUUGGACCUAAAUGAUAUCGUAGAAGACCUUAAAAAUGAGACAAAGGUGUUGCCUAAGAAAGAGUCUACAUCUCUAGUCCAAGAAAAAAUGGACCACGAUGAUAGUUCAUGUUAAAAAAGAAUCUAAGAAAGAGUCUACAUUUCCAGUUCAAGACAAAAGGCACCAAGAUGAUACAUCCAAACCUAUUUGUUUGGAGUUAAAGAAUGUAGCAAAAAGGGAACAUACUAGACAUACCAUUGAUUUGGACCUAAAUGAUAUUGUAGAAGAGCUUAAAAAUUAGACAAAGGUGCUGCCUAAGAAAGAGUCUACAUCUCCAGUCCAAGACAAAAUGGACAAAGAUGAUACAGUUCAUGUUAAAAAAGAAUCUAAGAAAAAGUCUACAUCUCCAGUUCAAGACAAAAUGCACCAAGAUGAUACAGUACCCAUUAAAAGAGAAUUUAAGACGGUGUCACCAUCUCCAAUACAAGACACAAUAGAGAAUGACCACAAUGUUCACAUGGUUGGGCUAAGCAAAUCCAUACAAAAACCUGGUAACAAAACAGACCUAUCUCGUAAUGUGGAUGUGGAUAUGCUACAAUUAACUUUCCCACAUAACGAUAGAAUUAUUGCAUCAUGUGUUACACAUUCUGCCAAGAGUAAAGUCACCAAAUCUCUAAAACGUAGCCCAAUUGUCACCUCCCAAGUUGUAGUUCCAAAUUUGAAAAAGAUGAAAAAAAUCAAAGAUACGUCCCAGGUGAAUCCUUUAAUGUGUACAUUAAUAAAUUAGGGUGUGAAUACAACAUAUUUUCCUAUGUUAAUUAUUAUAUACUAUAUUGUUUUAGGAAUCUGGACUGGUUGAUGAGGAGAAUAUCAAUGAGUUCGCACCAUUUACUGAAUUGGAGAAGAUCAUAUGCAAUUAUAUUUUCAAUAAUAAGGAUCU